UAGCAUUAUAAGUCUCGAAUGAGAAGUGAGAGUCGGAAGAAUGUCCGGUGGUGAACUAUCGUUUACAGUGUUUCGUAAUUACAGUAGUCUCGUAAUUCGGUCAGAAACGUCAACAAUGUGAGGCGAACAAAUUGUUUUGGAUUAAAAGGCUUGGAUAUUAAAUUUCCUUGGACUCUUAGGGAUUGAUGAAAACAAUUUGUUUUGGACAAUUUCAACGAAGUGGAUGAAGGAAAGAAUUUGAGGAUGGCACUAUCUGGGUGGAUCUGUGUGGUGACUGGUGCGUCCAGAGGAAUUGGAAGAGGUAUUGCUCUUCAGUUAUCUGAGGCUGGUGCCACCGUGUACAUCACUGGUCGACAGGACAAGAUUCUGAAGGAGACAGCAGCUGAGGUGACGCAGCGAGGUGGCAAAUGUCUGCCAGUAGUCUGUGACUCAUCUAAAGAGGAUGAAAUCAAGGAGUUGUUUGAACGUGUCCGGCGUGAGCAAAAUGGCAGGCUUGAUAUCUUGGUGAAUAACGCUUACGCUGGUGUACAGGCCAUUUUUGAAAACACAGGAAAGAAGUUCUGGGAGGUGGAUCCAGGUAUUUGGGAUACCAUCAACAACACAGGUCUUAGGGGUCACUAUUUCUGCUCUGUGUAUGCUGCAAGAAUGAUGGUGGCUCAAGGCAGUGGCUUGAUUGUGGUUAUAUCAUCCAUGGGUGGUCUACGUUACGUCUUUAACGUAGCCUAUGGGGUCGGCAAGGCUGCGUGUGAUAGACUGGCAGCAGAUACAGCAGUAGAGCUGAGAAAGAGAGGUGUCGCUUCUAUAAGCCUUUGGCCAGGAGCGGUUCAGACCGAGUUUAUUACCCAAAAGUUAUCUCAGAGUGAGACAUCUUCUGGUUUUGACCCAAAAUUUAGGGACAUGUUCGCUAAUGGUGAGACCACAGAGCUUAGUGGGAAGUGUAUUGUUGAGCUCGCCAAAGAUAAGAAUCUCAUGUCAAUGACUGGGAAAGUGCUGAUGACCUGUGACCUGGCUCGGUGCUAUGGUUUAAAGGAUGUUGAUGGCCGCAAUAUAGUGGACUACACCUCUCUGAAGUACAUCAUUUCACAAGUACCCUAUGUGUCUUGGCUAUCCGUAAUCACACCUUCAUUCAUCAGAGUGCCUCGCUUCAUGUUGAAUCUUGCUAGUGGCAAAUUCUGACAUGCCUCAGUGCCGAGACGGUGCCUACUUCCAAAAGGAAGAUUUGGAUUUAGCCAACAAUUAAAGUUGACCCCAUUUACUUAAUUCACACUCCUGGUCUUAUGUGUUUCGUCUCACAUCCGUGCACUUCAUUUCAAAGAAAAAAAUUGUCAACAUAACUUUUAAUUCAAAUGUAAUCCCUCCAUAAAAUAACUCUCUGGCUGACAUCACCAACAGUGGCGGCCGGUCACUUCUUUUUUGAGGGCGCACGGUGCUCAUCACAACAUGUAUUUAGCUUGUUAUGUCAAAAUACUGUAUGUGUUCAGCACCUCAUGUCAAAUUAUGUGCAUCGUGUCGGCGCCAAUAGCCCUGUGGUUAGUGUGCCGACAUAUAGUGCACUCGGUGACCCGAGUUUGAUUCCCGGCUCUGUGGUCCUUUGCCGGUCCUACUCCCCUAUCUCCACCCAACACUUUCCUGUCAACUCUGUACUACAACACUAUCCAAAAUAAAGGCAUAAAAG